GUGUAUUAUAGCACUGUAGUUCAUGUAUUCUUCGCUUUUGGAUAUGAUAUGGGUUCGGAACAACAACUUAUUGUGCCCGAUUUUAGUUUAAUAAAAUAUAAACCACCAGUGCGCAUAACGGAUAAAACUGACUUACAGAAGUAUAGCCAAAAUAAUGAAGAAAUUUUUAUUUUGAAAAAAUCUCGAUCCCAGUCUGUUGGACCGUCUGCUACUGGCAGUCGAACUGGUUUUCCUACUUCAUUUCUCACUCUUGAUCCGAAUGCUGCUAGAACAGUUGGAUCUACUGAAGACAUAUUACGUAGUAUCAUACCACCAAGACGCUUUAUCACCGGAAACAGUCUUUAUAUACAAGAAGCGUCAUCAUGUCCAGCUACUCGUACUGAUGUUAUUCAGCUUAUACAACAGUUAGAUCAACAACUUGAAUUACGUGGUGCUAAAAUGACAGGUAUUUGUCCAGUUAGAAGGGAGUUAUUCAUUCAGGUUUUUGAUGAACUCAUACGGCAACUUACAAUACAUUGUGCUGAAAGAGGUUUACUCUUGCUUAGAGUACGUAAUGAAGUAGCCACAACAUUGGCUGCUUUACAGUCAAUCUAUGCUUCAGGAGUUGUAUUUGGUCUACAGAAGUCUUUAGCACGUGCAGCUGAUCAUAAAAGACAAAUAAGUCAAAUCAGUACAUUAGAGAAAGAAAUAACAUCGUUAAGAAAGCAAAUACAAAAAGAAGCCCUCAAUUGUCAAGCUGUUGAAGAGAAGGAAGCUAAUCGGUUGGCUGCUGCAAUAGAAGAGCUGAAGAAGACGAAAAAUUUCUUAAAAAAAGUCGUGAUCAGUUAAAAACCCAAUUAGAGGAUAUUUUAAACCAAUUUAAACUUACGUCACCUUAAAUCAAAUUACUGUAUAAAGCGGUACUCAAAACUGAAAGUUCAAAACUGUUUCAGCAAAUUAACAAUAAAUUAUCAGCUAAAAGCUGAAUUAUUCUUGAGUAAUAAUUUUACCGAUGGUCUUUAUCAUUUUCAAUACUGUUUGGAAAUUGAGGUGAAUCAUUUGAUUCAUACUUAGUAGUUGAGUGAUAAUUUACCUAUUUCACGGUCCAGAUCCUAGCAAAGCUGAUGCCUUAAACGAUUUUAUGUGGACAUUUGUGUAUAGUUUCAAGGUGUGACCAAGUGAUUGUCCAGUACUUUUUACUUUUCAGUGGUUCUGUGGCUGAUGUCAUUGGUGUUGACAGGUGUCUCCAGAGAUAGUGAACCAGAGAAAAAAGUUUUGAGGUAAUACAUAACUAAACAAGUUUGAGAGAUUGUAUUAGGGUUAAAUGCAUCUUCAUAGGCAAAACAAUUUAUAAUUGUCUUUGACCAGAAAUUACUCUGAGAUGUUCUAUCCUUUCUACGAUAUAUUCGUGAAUGUACA